ACAUAUCUGGCUGGCAAAGAUGGAGCAGAUUAUCCUCCUGUGUGUGCUUUCCACCCUUCUCUCAGCUGUGCAUGCUCAGAAAUUUUUGCUGAGCCCAAAAUGGGUUCCCAUUGGCUAUAAAGAACGUGAAGGGCCCAAUGAUGGAACAGCAAUGGAUAAAAUCAUCAAAGCUAAUGAGAUCCACGCCACCCGAAUCAUAGACGGCACUACUACACUCAGAGAGGGGGACAUUGCUGUUUCCUCAGGAAGGCGCUCCAAAGUCUGCUUUGCUCGGAGCUGCCUCUGGUCUAAAUCAGUGGAUGGACAUGUCUACAUUGCAUACACACUCUCACCUGAAUACUCUGAAAUAGACACAAAGCUGAUAAAGAAAGGAAUGGAAAACAUAGAGGAUGGCACCUGUGUGCGUUUUGUUCCUCGGACUCACCAGAGAGACUACAUUGACAUCCAGCCAAAGUCUGGGUGUUGGUCCUACCUUGGUGCUCGUGGUGGAAGACAAACUGUGUCUCUCCAGAUCCCUGACUGCAUGCAGGUUGGAGUGAUUUCCCAUGAAUUCAUGCACGCCCUGGGCUUUGUGCAUGAGCAGUCCCGCUUUGACCGGGAUAAUUAUAUCACUGUCAUGUGGCCAAACAUUUGGCGAGAUCGACUGAGAAACUUUGAGAAGUUUAAGACUGACAGUCUGGACCUACCAUAUGACUAUGGCUCAAUCAUGCACUUUGGGAUGUAUGCCUACUCUUUGGGUGGAGAUCCAACUAUAGUUCCUAAGAUCAACAAGAACAUAAAGCUCGGCCAGGCAUCAAGUCUCAGUCAUAUUGACAAGCUGAAAAUCAACAGACUUUAUCAAUGCGCUGUCAAGGAUGAUUAGAAACCAGUCAGAGAUGAGGUGGAGCAAGAGUCCCCUGAGAACCAGUAUAAUCAACUACAGUUAAAUCAUGUGAACAAUUUUAAAUAAAGAUUGUUUCAAGCUUU